AUGACACGUAGGAGAGAAGUUGGCCUUGAGUUGGAAUGGAGCCAAAUUAAUGCCUUCCAAAAGGCUGCGCAAAACCUGAACCAUGAGGCCUUCAAAAAGUCCUUCCAAGAGGUUGUGCGAAGUGGUGAUUGGAACGCUGUAGAGGAAUUCAUUGAGCGACAUCCCGGUUCUGCGGGUUUGAAAAUCACAAAUUUGGGCGGGACGGCUCUUCACCUUGCUGUUCAAAAUGUGUAUGAGCAUAUAGUGGAGAAGUUAGUGGCGAUAAUGUCGGAACAAGAAUUGGAAGUUAGAGAUAACAAUGGGUAUAUAGCUCUAGAUUAUGUUUUGCGUAGUAAAAAUUUGGCUCGCUAUUUCUAUUCUCGCACUCUAGAGGGAGAUCUAACGCCAGAAAAACGCAAGAAUGGUGCUGCACUUUGUUGCCGAGCUAUAUUCACGGGAAAUUUAGAUAUUGCUUUGGAAUUAAUUGAGCGUUGUCCAAGUUUGGCUCUUGUUAGGGACGUAUUCUUCGAUGGCAGCCCUUUGGAUCAAUUGGUUUGUAGUUCUUUUGCAUUCCCGAGUGAAAAUCGGAUGGUGUUUUGGAAACGAUGGAUCUACAAGUGUUAGUACAAUCUCCUUUUUCUUUGUUUUUCUUUAAACUUAAUUUACUGGGAUUAAUUAGCCUCAUCAAAGUACUGAGUAGACAAGCUACUCCGCCUUGAGGGGUAGUAUAUAUAUAGACAAUAGGGCAAAGCCAA